UCGGCGAGGGCGGACGCGCUCUUUUAGCCAGGCAGCGUCGUAGCGUAGGGCCUGCCCUCCGCACAGAAAAGAGAGAGAGAGAGAGAUAUAUAUAUAAAACGUAUAUGUGCAUAAAGCAAACGCGUUCGGUUACACGGCUGUUGUUGUUUUUUUCGUUUAAAGGGCAACAGUGAGUGAAGUUGUACUGUGUGGUUUUGAUCACCGGAAAACAACGAGAGAAAAUCCAGGAGUAUCGCAUCCUCGCAGACUGUUCGUUAUAUUUUUUGUUUGGGUGAAGGGGUAGUGCGAGGAUGACGGGUGAGGAUCGAAAGGGCGGUGGCGGUGGCAAGCUGCAGCAGAAUCAGCAGGGCGACCUAACCUCAGGCAAUAACACGACCGACACGGCCGUGCGCCAACACCAAGCUCAACAGAAUGGCACGGUGGAAAAGGCACCGGUGGUCGCCGGCACCAACGUCGAGACUCUGCCACGCCAGGGCAAACAGGGAGAUCCGAGCACGGUGUUUCUACGAGCAGCACGAGCAGGCCAAUUGGAAAAGGUCCUCGAGUACCUGGAUUCCGGAGUCGACAUCAACAGCUCCAACGCAAAUGGUCUGAACGCCCUGCACUUAGCGGCGAAAGAUGGGCACUUUGAGAUCGUUCAAGAGCUGCUGAAACGAGGGGCUAUCGUCGAUGCGGCGACGAAAAAGGGAAAUACUGCGUUGCACAUCGCCUCUCUUGCGGGCCAAGAAGAGGUGGUGCAACUGCUGGUACAGCAAGGAGCUUCGGUGAACGCUCAGUCGCAGAAUGGAUUUACACCUUUGUACAUGGCCGCGCAGGAGAAUCACGACUCCGUUGUCAAGUUUCUGCUUGGCAAGGGUGCCAAUCAAACCCUUGCCACUGAGGAUGGCUUUACACCGUUGGCAGUGGCAAUGCAACAAGGGCACGAUAAAGUGGUAGCUGUUCUUUUGGAGAACGACACGAGGGGUAAAGUACGAUUGCCUGCCUUACACAUUGCCGCCAAAAAAGACGACUGCAAAGCGGCUGCUCUUCUUUUAGAAAACGAUCACAAUCCGGAUGUAAUAUCGAAAAGUGGUUUCACGCCCCUUCACAUAGCCGCCCACUAUGGCAACGAUCGAAUCGCUUCCUUGCUCUACGAAAAAGGAGCAGACGUUAAUUUCGCAGCUAAGCACAACAUAACUCCAAUGCACGUGGCAGCCAAAUGGGGUAAAAUCAAGAUGGUCAAUCUUUUAAUCAGUAAAGGCGCAAAUAUCGAAGCAAAAACCCGAGAUGGCCUCACUCCGUUACAUUGUGCUGCUCGCUCGGGCCACCACGAAGUCGUCGAUAUUCUUAUCGAGAAAGGUGCUCCUAUUGGCUCUAAAACAAAGAACGGCUUAGCACCAUUACACAUGGCAUCGCAAGGUGAUCAUGUGGACGCAGCACGCAUCUUACUAUAUCAUCGUGCACCAGUGGACGACGUGACGGUCGACUACCUGACGGCACUCCAUGUGGCAGCGCACUGUGGUCACGUGCGUGUCGCCAAGCUGUUGCUCGACAGAAAUGCCGACCCAAACGCCAGGGCGUUAAACGGAUUCACGCCACUUCACAUCGCUUGCAAGAAAAACAGGAUCAAGGUCGUCGAGCUGUUGCUCAAGCACAAGGCCAGCAUUGAGGCCACCACCGAGUCCGGCUUGACACCUCUGCACGUUGCCAGUUUCAUGGGCUGCAUGAACAUCGUCAUUUACCUAUUACAACACGAAGCUAGUCCAGACAUACCGACAGUCAGGGGUGAGACGCCCCUUCACUUAGCUGCUAGAGCCAAUCAAACUGAUAUUAUCAGGAUACUCCUGAGAAAUGGGGCGCAAGUCGAUGCUCGUGCUAGGGAGGAACAGACGCCGCUGCACGUCGCUUCUCGUCUUGGCAACGUCGACAUCGUCAUGUUGCUACUGCAACACGGAGCUGACAUCGACGCCACCACCAAGGAUCUCUACACUCCUCUUCACAUCGCUGCCAAGGAAGCGCAAGAAGAAGUGGCUUCGGUGUUGUUGGAGAACGGCGCUUCGCUUAACGCUGCCACCAAGAAAGGGUUCACACCACUGCAUUUAGCUGCCAAAUAUGGCAAUAUGAACGUAGCUAGGCUUUUGCUACAGAAAAAUGCACCAGUCGAUGCUCAGGGAAAGAACGGAGUAACACCACUGCACGUGGCAUCCCACUACGACCAUCAGAACGUGGCGUUGCUACUGCUCGAUAAAGGCGCAUCGCCGCACGCCAUGGCCAAAAACGGUCAUACGCCACUACACAUUGCUGCCCGCAAGAAUCAGAUGGACAUUGCAACCACAUUGUUGGAGUACGGCGCGAAGGCAAACGCAGAGUCAAAGGCCGGCUUCACACCGCUUCAUUUGAGCGCCGAAGAAGGUCACACAGAUAUGUCGACCUUGCUUAUCGAGCACAAAGCUGAUACUAAUCAUAAGGCAAAGAAUGGCCUCACGCCGCUUCACUUGUGCGCACAAGCCGAUAGAGUUAACGUAGCUUCUAUUCUCGUCAAAAAUGGCGCCCAAAUCGACGCAAAAACAAAGGCCGGUUACACGCCGCUUCACGUGGCGGCUCAUUUUGGUCAAGCGGCGAUGGUCCGGUUCCUGCUCAGCAACGGUGCCUCCGUCGACAGUAGUACCAGUGCCGGCUACACGCCGCUUCAUCAGGCGGCGCAGCAAGGACAUACCCUUGUCAUCAAUUUACUCCUCGAAAGCAAGGCCCAACCUAAUGCUGUCACACAUAACGGCCAGACGGCUCUGGACAUUGCGCAAAAACUCGGCUACAUAAGCGUCGUCGAGACAUUGAAAGUAGUCACCGAGACCACCAUAACCACCAGCCACACCAUCACCAUCGAGGAGAAGUACAAAGUGCAGGCGCCUGAAUCGAUGCAGGAAACCUUCAUGAGUGACAGCGAGGAUGAAGGCGGUGGCGACGAAAUCGGCGUUGCGGCGAUGAACGUGUACGGGCAACCGGCUCACGCGCAACACGUGUAUCUCCCCUCCUACUACCAGGGCCAAAUGACCUACACUCGCGAAGAUCCAAUGCUCAGCGAUCAGCAGCAGUACAGAUACAUGACUGGAGACGACAUGAAAUCCAUGGGAGAUGACUCGAUGAGAGUCAAUGUUACAGACGACGAGCGUGAUAAUCGACAUUCGGGAGCACCGACAAUCACCGAAAUGAUAACCAAAGAGAGCUAUAAUCGGCAAAACGCGGCGAAUCACAAGCCCGACAACGUUAACAUUCACAGACAUCCAGUGCACGUUGGUGCCUCGAUAGAAUCCCUAAACACGUCGCUGGCUGCCUUCGGUAACGUGCCAAAAGGACAAGGAAUGUGGAGGGACAGCUUCCUGGUGUCGUUCCUGGUGGACGCAAGAGGCGGCGCGAUGAGAGGCUGCCGACAUAGCGGCGUCAGGGUUAUCGUGCCGCCGCGCAAAGCUACGAUGCCUAUGAGAGUCACGUGCAGGUAUCUCAAGAGAGACAAAUUAUCGAAUCCACCACCGCUCAUGGAAGGCGAGGCUUUGGCCAGCCGCAUCUUGGAACUUGGGCCUGUUGGUGCCAAGUUUUUGGGACCUGUUAUAAUUGAGGUGCCGCACUUCGCCUCGCUGCGUGGAAAAGAGAGGGAGAUCGUGAUUUUGCGAUCGGACAAUGGAGAAACUUGGCGCGAGCACACCCUGGAAGCCAGCGAGGAGGCCGUACAGGAUGUUCUUAACGAGAGCUUUGAAGGAGAGGAAUUAAGCCAGCUAGAGGAUCUCCAGACAUCGCGUAUCGUAAGGGUAUUGACAGUCGACUUUCCGCAUUACUUCGCGGUUGUGUCACGCAUCCGGCAGGAAGUGCACGCAGUCGGGCCCGAAGGCGGCACCGUUUCCUCAUCGGCAGUGCCACAAGUUCAAGCUAUCUUCCCGCAAUCCGCCCUCACCAAGAAAAUACGUGUCGGCUUACAGGCGCAUCCGAUUCCAGCGGAGCUUGUAGCCAAACUACUCGGCAACAGAGUAGCGGUGUCACCAAUAGUGACAGUCGAGCCACGACGUCGAAAAUUCCACAAGCCAAUAAUCUUGACAAUACCAGUGCCGCAAGCGGCCAACAAGGGCAUGAUCAAUCAGUACUCGGGCGAUGCACCGACUCUAAGGCUCCUCUGCAGCAUAACAGGGGGUCAGUCGCGGGCGGUCUGGGAGGAUGUCACCGGCUCCACGCCCUUGAACUUCGUCAAGGAUUGCGUCUCGUUUACCACGACUGUAUCCGCAAGAUUUUGGCUCAUGGAUUGCAGAAACAUCUCCGAAGCUACCAAAAUGGCUACCGAACUCUAUACCCAUGCCACUCAUGUACCUUUCAUGGCCAAAUUCGUUGUGUUCGCCAAGCGCGUCGAUCCCCUCGAGGCGCGAUUGCGCGUCUUCUGCAUGACUGACGACAAGGAAGACAAGACCUUGGAGCAUCAGGAACACUUCACCGAGGUCGCCAAGAGCCGCGACGUCGAGGUACUCGAAGGUAAAACGCAAUACAUGGAGUUUGCUGGCAAUCUGGUGCCAGUACUGAAGAGCGGCGAACAACUGCAGUUACCUUUCCGCGCGUUCAAGGAGAAUCGCGUACCAUUUACGGUCAGGGUGAAGGAUCCAGACGCGGCUGACAAUUUGGGUCGUAUCAUGUUCAUGUGCGAGCCCAAAGUAGCCAAAGGCGAACCUUCGCAGACACCCAUUUGCACGUUGAACAUACUUCUACCCGAUAAAAUUUCGCCCGACGGUGGUAGCUCGGAACUCGAUUUACUCGAGCUCUCAAAGAAUUACAGCUUCUUACGGGACGGUGGAUUAAGCAGGCCAGACGCGAUACAUCGCGCGACGAUUCGUAUGACGGACAUCGCCAAUCUGCUGGGCAGCGACUGGGAGAAAUUGGCUCAUGAGUUGAACGUAACGCCCAACGAGAUCUCGCAGAUCAAAGAGGAGUACCCGGACAAAACGGCUCAGCAAGCAACGGCGAUGUUCAAAGUCUGGCAGAGCAGUGGCAACAAAGUCACCGGCAACACACUCGAAAAGGCACUGAAUAAGAUCGGCCGCGAGGAUAUAGUGAAGAAGUGCAUAUUCAACGUGGAGCUCGUCACCGACGACGUUGAAAAAGCCGUCGCUCGGGUGAGGCUCGAUCAGCCAGGCUUCGACUCGUUGAAGGACGAAUUGGGUCCAUCGCGCGACACGUCUCUUCGCCGAGAUGCAACGAUGGAUCCCAAAAUGGAUCCCGACUACGACGAGCCCGACAGAAUGAAGGACUCUGAAUCUAUAGAAGAUAUUAGCAUGACCGGAGGUCAAAAAACACCCAAACAGCACAUAACUAUAACGAAUGGCACCUCGACUCCCAUCAAAGAUAAAUAUGCGAGCGACGAAAAAGAGCUCGGUGAUAUGAUGGCCGAUUUUCUCGAGCACAAAUAUCAUAGUCCCGAGACAAUGGUGAAAAAGUCUCGCGAUGAAAAUGACGAUGAUAAUAAGAAACGACAGCAAAUCUUGGAGGAUGCUAACAAAAUCGUUUCCGGUAUAAAGCAAGACGCCGAGAAAGAGAUGGGCAAGUUAGCGAAGGAAGGGUGGUCGGUGGUUUCUGAUGACGAUGUGCGAAAAAAUGAUGAGGUGGGAUAUGUAGUAAAGCAACAGAAACAUUCUUUAGUAGAUGGUACGAGUGAGGCAAGCGAACCUCCGAUUAUACAGCAACAAUGCAUUGUAGGGACAAAUGGUGAUAGGACAAUUACAACGAUCACGACCAAAACUAUUAUCACAACUAACAGGAAUGACGGUAGACAAACGCUUAAUAAUAAUAAGGUAGAUUAUGACAUUCCAGAUUUUGCAGGACCUGACCCUAAAGUUUUAGGUAUUCAUUCUAGUAGUCAUCCUAAUGACAAAUCAAUACUGAAACCGAUGCAACAUGAAAAUAUUGUAACCAACAAAUCGAGUAAAAGUAAAGAAAAGAGAGACCCGCAAGAAAAGUCUAUGGACAAAAUUAGUGUAGCUAAAACAACUAACUCCGUAGAAAUUGAAACUGUAAAGAAAAAGACCGAUAGUCCUGAACCGUUAACUGAUAGUGUCAAAGAUAAUUUGGAAGCAUCACUUGGGUAUGAUAAUAAACAUAAUGUACAAAAUUCAGAUCAAGAGACCCAAGAUGAGCCAGAAAAUGAAAGUAAAAAAUUGAAAGACAAGUCUAGUCGUAUAUUUUCUGGAAUCUUUAAAACACCGAGAUUAAAAAAAGACAAAUCGAAAGAUUCAAAAGAGGUAUCGUUUGAUAGUGGUGACGAGGAUACCAGAUUAGCAACUGUUAAGCUUUUAGAUGAUGCACGACAAAUGGCAGAUUUGAUGCAUGAAAAUGAUCCUGCUAUCUCGCGUGAAGCAAAAGAAAAGUCUCCAAAGUUGAUAGAUAGUUGUGGUGACGAUACAAAUAAAGAAAAGAGCCACGGGUUAUUCGCAAUUUUCAUGAACCCGAAAACCAAAAGCAAACGAAGUAAAUCAAAGGAAAAGCAAACAUCCAAUGAUGUAUCAUUUGACAGUGGUGACGAAGAUGUUAAAAAAUCUACAGCUACAUUUUUGCAAGACAUUCAAAUGAAAACAGAUAACACAAAUGACCCUGCAUUGCAAAAAAUAACUCUGAUUGACGCAGAUUCAGAUGACGAUUCAAAAAAAGUUGAAGUAAGUGAACCGAAGGAACUGAAAAAAGUUACAGAACAACAAAAAUCGAAAACUGCCCAUUCUGAAAAAUCAGGAAGUUUUUUCAAAAAGUUCAAAAGUCCCAAAUUAAAAAGUAAUAAAUCAAGUUCUUCCACCGAAAAAUCUGACUCCAGAGAAUCGUCCGUAGACAAGAGUGAAGAGAAAAGCAAACCGUCACACAAAACAAUAGCUCCGUCCGAAAAUCUAUCUACAUUAACUAGCGUAUCAGAUAUAGAUAUAAAAGAAGCAACAUCCAAAUUUUUGGAAGACAGUCGAAAUGCAUCAGGAAUAAUAGACGCAUGUCCAUACAAAUCAGAUUAUUUAUAUAAAACGAGUAUCAUUAUUAAUCAACAUGAAAACAACGAUGUACCUGAAGAUGAAAAAACCAUUGAAAAGACUAGAUCUCUUUCCCCUGAUACAAAAGGCAUUAAAACAGCUACUAAAAAAGGUAAAGAGAAAACUGGCGGAUUCCUUACAGCAAUUUUCAAGGGAGGCAAGCAAGCCAAAGACGACAUCACGGAUGAAGUGAAAAAUGUAGAAGAUCGUAUUGAAAAACAAGUCCUCGAAAGUGAGCAAGUUGCCCAAGCAACCAGUGGAAAAGUCAUCGAGGACACUAAGGAAUUGGCGGCAACAAUUGGUGCUGGAAUUUCGGAUGCUCAGAAGUCUGUCCAAGAUAAUUUGAAAGAAGCAUCAAAAAAACUCGACGACACGCAGAAAAAACUCGAUAAUAAAAUAAGAGAAGAAUCUGACAAAAUUAAAACAGGAUUGGCGCGUGCCGAGAGCGUGGGAAAAGACGACGGUAAAAAUCUAGACCAUAAAUUAGACAGUGCUGCUCAAGAUGCGAAGUCCGGAUCAAAAAAGAAAGGCUUCUUUUCAGGGUUAAUAUCGAAUGCAAAAUCUACGGCAGAUGGCCUGGUUGAGGAAGUACGUGAAUUCGUUGACGAGACGAAACUUGAAUCACUCAAUGAGGAACAGAGACUGAAAAAGGAGGCACAAGCAUCAGCCAAGCGGGUUCAGGAUUCCGCGGGCAAACUGGACUCAAAGAUUAGCGAGGCUGGUAAGAAAAUUGAAGAUCAGGCCAUAGACAGAAGUGAAAAACUAGAUGAAGUACACCAAAUAACUGCCGAAAAAAUUCAUCAAACGUCUGAAUCUGUAAAGGCUGAUCUAAGCAAUGUAGGCAGCUCAAUCAAGACCAAAGCACAUAAAACCAAACAGAAUAUCUUAGAUAUGGAGCAAAAAGUAAAGGAUGACAGUGCCACGGUUGCUGAACAAAUUUCGCAAGGUUUAAAUGAAUUGUCAUCUGAUGUCGACAGAAUGCUCAGUCAAUCUAAAGAAGUCGGUGACACUCAGGCAAGAGACCUCUCGCAAGAAUUCGUAGAUGCAGAGCGGCAAGCUACCGACAGAGUGCUUGAUGGCGCGCAAAGCAUAGGUUCGGAUCUGGUAAAAAUCGAGAGCGAGAACAAAAUCGCACAUGAAGAACCAAAAUCUGCAUCAAAAAAAAGCAAAGGCGGAUUCCUUUCAUCAAUGUUUAAAGGAGGUAAACAAGUCAAAGACGAUGUCGUUGAUGACCUGAAAAAUGUAGAAGAUCGUAUUGAAAAGAAAGUUCACGAAGGUGAGGAACUUGCCCAUGAUGCGAGUAGUAAAGUGGUCCAGGACACUAAGGAACUGGCGGGAAAAAUCGGUGCUAAACUUUCGGAUGCUCAGAAGUCUGUCGAAGAUAAUUUGGAAGAAGCAUCCAAAAAACUUGAUGAUGAACUACGAGAAGAAUCAGAAAAAAUUAAAACAGGGUUGCCGCGUGCUGAGAGUGUAGGCAAAGAGGAAGGUAAAAAACUAGAACAUAAAUUAGAUAGUUCUGCUAAGGAUGUAAAGUCCGGAUCGAAAAAGAAGGGCUUUUUCUCUGGGAUAAUUUCGAACGCAAAAUCUACGGCAGAUGGCUUGGUUGAGGAAGUGCGUGAAUUCGUUGACGAGACCAAACUUGAAUCACUCAAUGAAGAACAAAGACUAAAAAAGGAAGCAAAAGCUUCCGCCAAGCGCGUUCAUGAUUUCGGAGCCAACCUGGACGCAAAGAUUAGCGAGACUGGUAAGAAAAUUAAAGAUCAGGCCAUAGACGGAGGUAAAAAACUAGAUGAAGUACACCAAAUAACUGCCGAAACAAUUGAAGAAACGUUUGAAUCUGCAAAAGCUGAUCUAGAAGAUGUGGGCAGCUUAGUGAAGACCAAAGCACAUAAAACUAAACAGAAUAUCUUAGAUAUGGAACAAAAAGUUAAGGAUGACGGUGCCAAGAUGUCCAAGGAAGUUACGCAAGGUUUACAUGAAUUGUCUACGGAUAUCGACAGAAUGCUCAGUCAAUCUAAAGAAGUCGGUGAUACUCAGGCAAGAGACCUCUCGCAGGAAUUCGUAAAUGCAGAGCGGCAAGCUACCGACAGAGUGCUUGAUGGCGCACAAAGCAUAGGCACGGAUCUGGUGAAAAUUGAGAGCGACACCAAUAACGGUCAUGCAGAUGCCAAAUCUGCAUCCAAAAAAGGCAAAGGCGGAUUCCUUUCAUCAAUAUUCAAAGGAGGCAAGCAAGUCAAAGACGACGUCAUCGAUGACGUGAAAAAAGUAGAAGCUCGUAUCGAAAAGAACGUCCACGAAGGUGAGGAACUUGCCCAUGACGUGAGUGGCAAAGUCAUUGCGGAUUCUAAGGAACUGAUGGGGACAAUUAGAACUGAAGUUUCGGAAGCUCAGAAAUCUGUCGAAGAAAACCUGAAAGAUGCAUCGAAAAAACUGGAUGAUAAGCGCCAAGAAGAAUCAGAGAAAAUUGAAACACGGUUAGCGCGUGCUGAGAGUGUAGGCAAAGAGGAGGUUGAAAAAUUAGAACAGAAAUUGGAUAGUGUUGCUCAGGAUGUGAAGUCGGGAUCGAAAAAGAAGGGCUUUUUCUCAGGGUUAAUUUCUAACGCAAAAUCUACGGCAGAUGGUCUGGUCGGGGAAGUACGUGAAUUUGUUGACGAAACCAAACUUGAAUCACUCAAUGAGGAAAAGAGGCUCAAAAAGGAAGCACAAACAUCAAUCAAGCCGGUUCAGGAUUCUGUUGGCCAAUUGAACGCAAAGAUUAGCGAGACUGGUAAGAAAAUUAAAGAUCAGGCCAUAGACGGAGGUAAAAAACUAGAUGAAGUACACCAAAUAACUGCCGAAACAAUUGAAGAAACGUUUGAAUCUGCAAAAGCUGAUCUAGAAGAUGUGGGCAGCUUAGUGAAGACCAAAGCACAUAAAACUAAACAGAAUAUCUUAGAUAUGGAACAAAAAGUUAAGGAUGACGGUGCCAAGGUGACCAAGGAAGUUUCGCAAGGUUUACAUGAAUUGUCUACGGAUAUCGACAGAAUGCUCAGUCAAUCUAAAGAAGUCGGUGAUACUCAGGCAAGAGACCUCUCGCAGGAAUUCGUAAAUGCAGAGCGGCAAGCUACCGACAGAGUGCUUGAUGGCGCACAAAGCAUAGGCACGGAUCUGGUGAAAAUUGAGAGCGACACCAAUAACGGUCAUGCAGAUGCCAAAUCUGCAUCCAAAAAAGGCAAAGGCGGAUUCCUUUCAUCAAUAUUCAAAGGAGGCAAGCAAGUCAAAGACGACGUCAUCGAUGACGUGAAAAAAGUAGAAGCUCGUAUCGAAAAGAACGUUCACGAAGGUGAAGAACUUGCCCAUGAUGCGAGUAGCAAAGUAGUCGAGGACACUAAGGAACUGGCGGGAAAAAUCGGUGCUAAACUUUCGGAUGCUCAGAAGUCUGUCGAAGAUAAUUUGGAAGAAGCAUCCAAAAAACUUGAUGAUGAACUACGAGAAGAAUCAGAAAAAAUUAAAACAGGGUUGGCGCGUGCUGAGAGUGUAGGCAAAGAUGAAGGUAAAAAGCUAGAACAUAAAUUAGAUAGUUCUGCUAAGGAUGUAAAGUCCGGAUCGAAAAAAAAGGGCUUUUUCUCUGGGUUAAUUUCGAACGCAAAAUCUACGGCAGAUGGCUUGGUUGAGGAAGUGCGUGAAUUCGUUGACGAGACCAAACUUGAAUCACUCAAUGAGGAACAGAGACUGAAAAAGGAGGCACAAGCAUCAGCCAAGCGGGUUCAGGAUUCCGCGGGCAAACUGGACUCAAAGAUUAGCGAGGCUGGUAAGAAAAUUAAAGAUCAGGCCAUAGACAGAAGUGAAAAACUAGAUGAAGUACACCAAAUAACUGCCGAAAAAAUUCAUCAAACGUCUGAAUCUGUAAAGGCUGAUCUAAGCAAUGUAGGCAGCUCAAUCAAGACCAAAGCACAUAAAACCAAACAGAAUAUCUUAGAUAUGGAGCAAAAAGUAAAGGAUGACAGUGCCACGGUUGCUGAACAAAUUUCGCAAGGUUUAAAUGAAUUGUCAUCUGAUGUCGACAGAAUGCUCAGUCAAUCUAAAGAAGUCGGUGACACUCAGGCAAGAGACCUCUCGCAAGAAUUCGUAGAUGCAGAGCGGCCAGCUACCGACAGAGUGCUUGAUGGCGCGCAAAGCAUAGGUUCGGAUCUGGUAAAAAUCGAGAGCGAGAACAAAAUCGCACAUGAAGAACCAAAAUCUGCAUCAAAAAAAAGCAAAGGCGGAUUCCUUUCAUCAAUGUUUAAAGGAGGUAAACAAGUCAAAGACGAUGUCGUUGAUGACCUGAAAAAUGUAGAAGAUCGUAUUGAAAAGAAAGUUCACGAAGGUGAGGAACUUGCCCAUGAUGCGAGUAGUAAAGUGGUCCAGGACACUAAGGAACUGGCGGGAAAAAUCGGUGCUAAACUUUCGGAUGCUCAGAAGUCUGUCGAAGAUAAUUUGGAAGAAGCAUCCAAAAAACUUGAUGAUAAACUACGAGAAGAAUCAGAAAAAAUUAAAACAGGGUUGACGCGUGCUGAGAGUGUAGGCAAAGAUGAAGGUAAAAAACUAGAACAUAAAUUAGAUAGUUCUGCUAGGGAUGUAAAGUCCGGAUCGAAAAAGAAGGGCUUUUUCUCUGGGUUAAUUUCGAACGCAAAAUCUACGGCAGAUGGCUUGGUUGAGGAAGUGCGUGAAUUCGUUGACGAGACCAAACUUGAAUCACUCAAUGAAGAACAAAGGCUAAAAAAGGAAGCAAAAGCUGCCGCCAAGCGCGUUCAGGAUUCCGGAGCCAACCUGGACGCAAAGAUUAGCGAGACUGGUAAGAAAAUUAAAGAUCAGGCCAUAGACGGAGGUAAAAAACUAGAUGAAGUACACCAAAUAACUGCCGAAACAAUUGAAGAAACGUUUGAAUCUGCAAAAGCUGAUCUAGAAGAUGUGGGCAGCUUAGUGAAGACCAAAGCACAUCAAACCAAAGAGAAUAUCUUAGAUAUGGAACAAAAAGUUAAGGAUGACGGUGCCAAGGUUUCCAAGGAAGUUACGCAAGGUAUACAUGAAUUGUCUACGGAUAUCGACAGAAUGCUCAGUCAAUCUAAAGAAGUCGGUGAUACUCAGGCAAGAGACCUCUCGCAGGAAUUCGUAGAUGCAGAGCGGCAAGCUACCGACAGAGUGCUUGAUGGCGCACAAAGCAUAGGUUCGGAUCUGGUAAAAAUCGAGAGCGAGAACAAAAUCGCACAUGAAGAACCAAAAUCUGCAUCAAAAAAAAGCAAAGGCGGAUUUCUUUCAUCAAUAUUCAAAGGAGGCAAGCAAGUCAAAGACGACGUCAUAGAUGACGUGUAUAAUGUAGAACAUCGUAUCGAAAAGAAAGUUCACGAAGGUGAGGAACUUGCCCAUGAUACGAGUAGCAAAGUAGUCCAGGACACUAAGGAACUGGCGGGAAAAAUCAGUCCUAAACUUUCGGAUGCUCAGAAGUCUGUCGAAGAUAAUUUGGAAGAAGCAUCCAAAAAACUUGAUGAUAAACUACGAGAAGAAUCAGAAAAAAUUAAAACAGGGUUGACGCGUGCUGAGAGUGUAGGCAAAGAUGAAGGUAAAAAACUAGAACAUAAAUUAGAUAGUUCUGCUAGGGAUGUAAAGUCCGGAUCGAAAAAGAAGGGCUUUUUCUCUGGGUUAAUUUCGAACGCAAAAUCUACGGCAGAUGGCUUGGUUGAGGAAGUGCGUGAAUUCGUUGACGAGACCAAACUUGAAUCACUCAAUGAAGAACAAAGGCUAAAAAAGGAAGCAAAAGCUGCCGCCAAGCGCGUUCAGGAUUCCGGAGCCAACCUGGACGCAAAGAUUAGCGAGACUGGUAAGAAAAUUAAAGAUCAGGCCAUAGACGGAGGUAAAAAACUAGAUGAAGUACACCAAAUAACUGCCGAAACAAUUGAAGAAACGUUUGAAUCUGCAAAAGCUGAUCUAGAAGAUGUGGGCAGCUUAGUGAAGACCAAAGCACAUCAAACCAAAGAGAAUAUCUUAGAUAUGGAACAAAAAGUUAAGGAUGACGGUGCCAAGGUGUCCAAGGAAGUUACGCAAGGUGUACAUGAAUUGUCUACGGAUAUCGACAGAAUGCUCAGUCAAUCUAAAGAAGUCGGUGAUACUCAGGCAAGAGACCUCUCGCAGGAAUUCGUAGAUGCAGAGCGGCAAGCUACCGACAGAGUGCUUGAUGGCGCACAAAGCAUAGGUUCGGAUCUGGUAAAAAUCGAGAGCGAGAACAAAAUCGCACAUGAAGAACCAAAAUCUGCAUCAAAAAAAAGCAAAGGCGGAUUCCUUUCAUCAAUGUUUAAAGGAGGCAAACAAGUCAAAGACGAUGUCGUUGAUGACCUGAAAAAUGUAGAAGAUCGUAUUGAAAAGAAAGUUCACGAAGGUGAGGAACUUGCCCAUGAUGCGAGUAGUAAAGUGGUCCAAGAUACUAAGGAACUGGCGGGAAAAAUCGGUGCUAAACUUUCGGAUGCUCAGAAGUCUGUCGAAGAUAAUUUGGAAGAAGCAUCCAAAAAACUUGAUGAUAAACUACGAGAAGAAUCAGAAAAAAUUAAAACAGGGUUGACGCGUGCUGAGAGUGUAGGCAAAGAUGAAGGUAAAAAACUAGAACAUAAAUUAGAUAGUUCUGCUAGGGAUGUAAAGUCCGGAUCGAAAAAGAAGGGCUUUUUCUCUGGGUUAAUUUCGAACGCAAAAUCUACGGCAGAUGGCUUGGUUGAGGAAGUGCGUGAAUUCGUUGACGAGACCAAACUUGAAUCACUCAAUGAAGAACAAAGGCUAAAAAAGGAAGCAAAAGCUGCCGCCAAGCGCGUUCAGGAUUCCGGAGCCAACCUGGACGCAAAGAUUAGCGAGACUGGUAAGAAAAUUAAAGAUCAGGCCAUAGACGGAGGUAAAAAACUAGAUGAAGUACACCAAAUAACUGCCGAAACAAUUGAAGAAACGUUUGAAUCUGCAAAAGCUGAUCUAGAAGAUGUGGGCAGCUUAGUGAAGACCAAAGCACAUCAAACCAAAGAGAAUAUCUUAGAUAUGGAACAAAAAGUUAAGGAUGACGGUGCCAAGGUGUCCAAGGAAGUUACGCAAGGUGUACAUGAAUUGUCUACGGAUAUCGACAGAAUGCUCAGUCAAUCUAAAGAAGUCGGUGAUACUCAGGCAAGAGACCUCUCGCAGGAAUUCGUAGAUGCAGAGCGGCAAGCUACCGAGAGAGUGCUUGAUGGCGCACAAAGCAUAGGUUCGGAUCUGGUAAAAAUCGAGAGCGAGAACAAAAUCGCACAUGAAGAACCAAAAUCUGCAUCAAAAAAAAGCAAAGGCGGAUUCCUUUCAUCAAUGUUUAAAGGAGGCAAACAAGUCAAAGACGAUGUCGUUGAUGACCUGAAAAAUGUAGAAGAUCGUAUUGAAAAGAAAGUUCACGAAGGUGAGGAACUUGCCCAUGAUGCGAGUAGUAAAGUGGUCCAAGAUACUAAGGAACUGGCGGGAAAAAUCGGUGCUAAACUUUCGGAUCCUCAGAAGUCUGUCGAAGAUAAUUUGGAAGAAGCAUCCAAAAAACUUGAUGAUAAACUACGAGAAGAAUCAGAAAAAAUUAAAACAGGGUUGACGCGUGCUGAGAGUGUAGGCAAAGAGGAAGGUAAAAAACUAGAACAUAAAUUAGAUAGUUCUGCUAAGGAUGUAAAGUCCGGAUCGAAAAAGAAGGGCUUUUUCUCUGGGUUAAUUUCGAACGCGAAAUCUACGGCAGAUGGCUUGGUUGAGGAAGUGCGUGAAUUCGUUGACGAGACCAAACUUGAAUCACUCAAUGAAGAACAAAGGCUAAAAAAGGAAGCGAAAGCUGCCGCCAAGCGCGUUCAGGAUUCCGGAGCCAACCUGGACGCAAAGAUUAGCGAGACUGGUAAGAAAAUUAAAGAUCAGGCCAUAGACGGAGGUAAAAAACUAGAUGAAGUACACCAAAUAACUGCCGAAAUAAUUGAAGAAACGUUUGAAUCUGCAAAAGCUGAUCUAGAAGAUGUGGGCAGCUUAGUGAAUACCAAAGCACAUCAAACCAAAGAGAAUAUCUUAGAUAUGGAACAAAAAGUUAAGGAUGACGGUGCCAAGGUGUCCAAGGAAGUUACGCAAGGUUUACAUGAAUUGUCAUCUGAUAUCGAUAGAAUGCUCAAUCAAUCUGAAGAAGUCGGUGACACUCAGACAAGAGACCUCUCGCAGGAAUUCGUUGAUGCAGAACGUCAAGCAACCGAUAGAGUGCUUGCUGGCGCGCAAAGCAUAGGUACGGAUCUGGGAAAAAUUGAGUGCGACACCAAAACAGCACACGAAGAUGCAAAAUCUGCAUCAAAAAAAGGCAAAGGCGGAUUUCUUUCAUCAAUAUUCAAAGGAGGCAAGCAAGUCAAAGACGACGUCAUAGAUGACGUGUAUAAUGUAGAACAUCGUAUCGAAAAGAAAGUUCACGAAGGUGAGGAACUUGCCCAUGAUACGAGUAGCAAAGUAGUCCAGGACACUAAGGAACUGGCGGGAAAAAUCAGUCCUAAACUUUCGGAUGCUCAGAAGUCUGUCGAAGAUAAUUUGGAAGAAGCAUCCAAAAAAUUGGAUGAUAAACUACGGGAAGAAUCAGAAAAAAUUAAAACAGGGAUGGCGCGUGCCGAGAGCGUGGGCAAAGAAGAAGGUAAAAAACUAGAACAUAAAUUGGACAAUGCUGCUCAGGAUGUAAAACCGGGAUCGAAAAAGAAGGGCUUUUUCUCAGGGUUGAUUUCUAACGCGAAAUCUACGGCAGAUAGCCUAGUUGAGGAAGUACGUGAAUUCGUUGACGAGACCAAACUCGAAUCCAUUAAUGAGGAGCAAAGGUUAAGAAAGGAGGCACAAACAUCGGCCAAGCGGGUUCAGGAUUCCGCAAGCAAGCUGGACGCAAAGAUUAGUGAUGUUGGUAAGGAAAUUAAAGAUCAGUCUAUAGACGGAGGUGAUAAAUUCGUCGAUCAAGCUAUAGGAGAAAGCGUUGAAAAGAUAGACAUCAAAAUACGCGAUGUGGAACAAGUAAUAAAUGAAAAAUUAAAACCUGCUGAGCAGCAAUUUGAUUCAACUAAACUGAUAUUACGCGGUAACUUGCAUGAAUUGUCUGAUAAAGGAAAAGAGUAUUCAGAAGCAUCUGAUAGUCACAUGAGUAAUAAAAGUGAUAAAUUAAUAAAAACAACUGAUAAUGUCCUACAAAAAGCUAGUGGAGUUGCGAAUUCUGAAAUGAAUGAAACUCCUUUAGAUAAUGACAUAAAAUUAACAGCACUUUUACUUGAUGAUAUGAAAAAGAAUAGUGAGUCAUAUGAUCCGUCAUCAAUUGGCCCACGGCUACAAAAAGGCAUGACUAAUAAUCAAACUUUUAAUCUUGAUAAAUCGGCAAAGAAGCCAAAAGUAAAAAGUAGCAGUUUUUUCCAAGGUAUAUUCAAAAGUUCGAAAGAUAGCAGCGAUUCAGAAGGUGAAAGCAUAGUCGUAGGAAUUAAUCAAGGGAAAGAGACUAAGGAUGCAAAAAACAAAGCUACUAAGUAUGCUUCGGAUGCUAAAAGUCCAACCAAGAAGGAUAAAGUUAAUAAAGCAAGUGGCUUUUUAUCUGGAAUUUUCAAAGGUGGUCCAAACGAUGUUGAUCAGAUUAAGAAUGAUGUUAAAGAAUUGCCUGAAGAUUUAGAGAGACAAACAUUUAAAGAAGAGAAAAAAAUCAAGACAGCUGUCAGUGAUACAUCGGAGAAAAAGGAUGCAACAAUAAAUGCACAAAUAUCUGACACUGAGAAAGAUAUUACGUACAUGGAAAAAGAUAUCGAAAACAAAAUAAAUGAAGCCGAAAAAACUCCAAAGUGUCUUAUUCAGGAUGUUAAAGAUAAUCUAGACCAUGAAACAAAAAAUGUUAACAAAACAAUCAUCAAUGCAACCUAUACGACAGAAUCAGCAGUAAAGGAUGGAAAAAAAGAGGCUAGUGGCUACUUGUCAAGUAUUUUAAAGAAAGCAGGCGAUACCAAUGACUUAAAAGACGAGAUACAUAACGUACCUGACGAUUCCACAAUAGAAAGUAGAUUCUAUUAUAAUAUUCCGGAAGAAUCAGAUAGUCGGAUACACAUAUGUAUUUGUCCCCCUAAAAUAGAACGUACUGUUCCAGAAGAAGGACCAUCAACCGAAGAGACAGAUCAAGAAGUUGAAAAAGAGUUGCGGGACUUAUAUACGACUGAGGCAGAAAAAUCUACAGAUCAGAAACAAAAAAAAAAAUCAGGUAGUUUUAUAUCUAGUAUGGUUCGAGGUGUGAAGCAUGUAUUUGAUGAAGUGGAAGAUGAAGUGAAGGAAUUUGUUCAAGAAACACGUAACGAAGCCAUUCAAGAACAAGAAAGGGCAAAGACUACUGUUCAAGAAAAAGAUAAUGAAUUGUUCGCCAAAGUGAAAUCUAAUUUAGAUGAAACUGGAGAUCCCCUGAGAGAUAAAGCUGACAAGAUUUGCACAGCCAUAGAUGAUAGCACUAUUGAUAAGUUUGCAGAUAAAAAAAUUAAGGAUAAAAGUAGUAGUUUUAAAACAUCGAAAGAUAUCCGAGAUCCUCUUACUGAUGAAGAUAAAAAAUUAGGCGAUAAAAUGAUUAAAGAAGUGAUUAAAAUGGAAAAAGCGGUAGAAAAGGCUGCUCAUGAUGUAACGGAUAGAACUCUGUCAGACAUUGAAAAGAGUACUGUGAAGAUAGAUACUCAAGUUACCGAGGGUGAACAAACUCUCAAAGAUACAACAGAUCGCCUUACAAUAAUAGAGAACGAUUCAGAUAAAAAACUACAACACCUCUCCGAUAAGGUUAAAUCUGAUUUAAAGAAGACCGAUGAUGCCGUGAAAUGCGAAUUUGAUAAGAUCAAUAAACUGCCGAACCAUGCAGCUACAGAUGCGAAAUCAGGAGCUAAAAAAUCUAAAAGUAGCGGAUUUUUUUCGGGUAUUUUCAAAGGUUCUAAGCAUCCCACAUAUGAAUUAGAAAAAGAUACUGUUGAAGAGGUAAAAGAAAUAACUCUCGAGAGUGAGAAGAAAGUCAAGAAGAUAGACAAAGCGAUGAAAGACGAAGAAACUCCCGAAACGUUGAUCGAUUUUGACGUUGAAAGUAUUUCAUAUGAUCAACAGAGAAGUUGCAUCGAAGAACCAAUUGAUUAUAGAGAUCAAUCCCAGACCAAAAAGACUGAUAGUAUUAAUGUAAAUGAAUUAAUUUUACGCGAUCCAAUAACUGCAACACAGUUUUUGCUCGAAGAUUCACGGAAUGUGGCAGCUAUGACGAUGGAUCCAGUGCCAGUCAGACAAAAUUCCGAAUCUAGCUCGGAGUCCAGUUCAUUGCGGAAUUCUCUAGAGCGAGAUUCUGAAAAUAAAAUGAAAAAGGAGAAGAAGAAGAAAUCUAAAAAAGGUGAUGUUCUGUCAAGUAUCGUGCGCAAAACAAAGGGUGCAACCCACAAGAUCGCGAAAGAAGUUGAUCACGCCGCUGAGGGUAUUAAAGAAGCGACUGGUAAAUUCUGGGACGAAACAAAACGAGAAUCUAAAGAAUCUAGACCUUCAGGUAGUUACGACGUAACUACAGCGACAAGCAGUAGCGAGCAAGUACGCGACGAAGUAGCCUUAGGACCAGACCUCAAUCCCGAAACGACAAAUAUAGUGUACAGUACACCAGAGGUAGUAGUUGAUAAGGUUGAAUCACGCAUUCCAAAAAUCAUAAAGACAUACCAACAGAUCGAAAGAUCGGAGGUUCAGACGCAAGAGGAAAUAACGAUUACGCGCGAAGAGGUGCGAAUAGUCGCGGCCGAUGUUUCUAGUAGCUUGACACAUGUCGAACCUCACGCACAUCAAACCGUCACCACAGUCAUAAAAAAGUCUGUGACGACGGCGGCGACCCCACCACCCAGCCCCGCCGAGUUCACUGACGUAAGCAGUAAAGAUAUUACCGAGGAAGCGGCCAAACGAGCGCAGCUGCUAGCUGACAAUGCCCUUACGCAGAAGCAAUCAGGGCAUGAGACUGUAGAGAGACAUGCGACUACCGUAGCAGAUUACGAAUUGACGAGGAUGAUGAUGACUACAUUUCACGAGUCGCCCGAGGAUGAGUUAGCCAAGGAGAUGAACGUCACCGAGAAAUCCGAGCGACGUUUGACUGAUUCCUGGCGAACGAUGAGCGAAGCGAGCGCACCCGCAGAACUGUGGGAGGCCUCGCCGGGUGACGAGCCGAGGACGGUGAGCAACAACAACAACAAUGGGUCGACGAGAACGAUCAGCGAUACGGAAAGCGAAGGAAGUCCCCAGAGAAGACGAGGUGGGAAAAGGCGGACAUUGGGUAGUUCAAGUGGUUCUGAUGUCGCGCUCCACGAGGGAGCCGAGUUAUCCCCAAUGGAGGACGACCAAGGAGACGUGAAUGAGAGUCCUAAUGGUCACAUCGUUGCCGAGUCCACGAGAUUGCCAAUGGAGAAGAGUAAGCCAUCCGGCAGCUGUUCUUGUCGGAUGAUCGCUAUCCUCACAAUUCUAAUCGCCCUGCUUGCCGUUAUUUUCGCACUGGAGCCCCAAACGAUUGGCAACGUCGCCAGCAUAUUUUCUAGUCAAUCCCUAAGGGAUACUAGAAAAUGACUUUUUGCAACAAAGCGAACCAACCUUUAUGGAGACGACUACGACUGAGAUUAAUCCCGAGACACACGAAAGGAUAACGAGAAUCACGCGAACCACAGUGACGACGUCAGCCCCAUUGGGCGACG